AGUCUCUCUUCACUCGUUAGAAGCCCGACCAUUUCACUCUCUUCUUGAGAUCCACUCGCUUUUACACCACGACUAAUACCGUAAUACCAACCUCAACCGUCAAAAUGCGUUUCACCAUCGCUGUUGUCGCCGGCUUCGCCGCCCUGGCCUCUGCUGCCACCUCCGUCUCCAUCGACCCCGCCCAGGCUUCCUACGUUGCCUGCAUCGACGCCUGCGAUCCCGGUGAUGUCAAGUGCCUGUCUUACUGCGACGUGGUUCCCUCCCCCAACGACGCUCAGGCUAACGCCACCAACAACUGCGUCGCCAACUGCGACCAGGGUGACGGCUCUGAGAAGGAGACCGCCGCCUACGCCACCUGUGUCCAGGACUGCAUCUCCAACAACUACUUCAAGACCUCCAGCGGUACUCCCAAGGAGACUGAUAGCUCUUCUGGCAACUCCAAGGGCUCUGGCAGCUCCGGCUCCAAGGCCACUGCCACCGGCUCUUCCUCCAACUCUGACAACACUGCCAGCGCUGGUGCCUCUGCCUCUGGCUCUGAGUCCACCGAUGCUUCCAAGACCGACUCGUCUGACUCUUCGUCUUCUUCCGGCACCGCCACUGGCUCUUCCUCCAGCUCUACCAGCUCUGACAGCUCCGCUGCUAGCCUUGCCAUUGGCUCUGCCUCCAUCCUCGGCCUCAUCGUCGCUGUCUUCGCUCUGUAAACUGGUUUCUUUUAGAAUCCGGGUUUUGGAAGGAUUUAAUGGAUAUGGAAUCGCGGUAAUGAUGGAGUUGUGACUCGCUGCUUGGCUGAGUAUCCCGAGGGCGGCCCCCUGGUUGGGCCCUUUAUUUCAUGGACAAAUUGGGACACGUCUUGCGUUCAUAUUGCUCCGCACCUGGGCACGAAUAAAAUACCUCUUGGCUAUGGCUUUUACCAUUACACUUUGCUCCAAUUAA